AUGAGUGAAUUAGUUGAAAAUCAGCUUUCGACGCUACGCUUCGUAGCGAAAGCAUUGGACAAUUUCAAGAAAAUUGGCCGGAAUAAUCUCACCUCCGCCAAGAUACGAAACCGAAUGACAUCACUCAAGGAAACGUGGAAUAAUUGCCUGGAAGGACAUCGCCUGUUGCUGCAACAUUAUCCGGAAUCAAAACGCGAUCUCAUCGCUUAUUUCCGAGACGAGCAACUGGAUCAAUACCAGGAAAUCUACUUGACAGCACUGGACUACAUGUCUGACUGUUUGGAGGAACUGGAACCGUGCGUGAGUCCGCUCCAAUCAAGCGACCGAUCUGUAUCUCAUAUACAGUCGGAAUCCGCGUUAUCAUUGAGACAUUUACCGCCCAUUCAAUUACCACCGUUCUCCGGUAAAGCCGACGAGUGGGAAACUUUUCGCGAUCGAUUCACUGCGUUAAUCAUAAAGAAUCCCGAAUUAUCCGAUUUCGCGCGCAUGCAUUUUUUGGUCUCAAGCUUGACCGAUAAAGCUCGCGAUGUUGUAGCGGGUACUUCUGUUACCGCUGAUAAUUUUGACGUCGCUUGGAAAGCAUUAACUUCUCGUUUUGAAAAUAAACGUAAACUUGUUGAACUUCACAUUGCUGAAUUAUACAAUUUACCUUCGGUUAACAAAGAAUGUGCCGCGGAAUUGCACGCUUUACGCGAUAAAACCGAUCGAGCGCUUUCAGCCUUAAAGCGGUUAAACCGAACCCAAAAGGAUAUACUUAAUGACAUUUUAGUCUAUUUUGUAUCGCUCACGCUUGACUCCGCCACUCGUCGCGCAUGGAAACUCAAAGCCGGAUCGGAAUCGACUCCGCCGAAUUACGAAGACUUGAUUACGUUUAUAUCAUCGCGUGCGCUCGCAUUAGAGGAAUUAGCUCCUUCCGCUGCAAACAAAGGUCGACAUACUGUUCAAGCGAACACUGCGACCUUCGCGCGUCAAUCUUCCGGUCCGUGUCCAGUCUGUAAGACACCGCAUUAUCUUAGUAGGUGUCAACAAUUUGUAAUUAAGAGUCCGAAUCAGAGACGCGAAAUUGUCAAGAAUUCAAAUCUAUGCUUCAAUUGUCUCGGAACGAAACAUUCCGUAAAAAACUGCCAAAGUAAAAAUACAUGUCGCAUUUGUUAA